AUGGGUGAUAACUUCCAAAAUAAAACGAUGGCCCCGGUGAUGAUGGACUAUGAGUUUAAAAUAAAAACACAGAAUGAACGUUCUAAAGUCGAAGAUUUGUUUGACUUCGAAGGCUGUAAGGUCGGACGUGGGACAUAUGGUCACGUCUACAAGGCACGGCGUAAAGAUGGCUCCGAUACUAAAGAUUAUGCUCUCAAACAAAUUGAAGGGACUGGACUUUCUAUGUCAGCUUGCAGGGAAAUUGCAUUACUACGUGAAUUAAAACAUCCAAAUGUCAUUAAUUUAAUUAGAGUAUUUCUUUCACACACAGACCGCAAAGUUUGGCUUUUGUUUGAUUACGCUGAACAUGAUUUGUGGCAUAUUAUCAAGUUCCACAGAGCAGCAAAGGCUAACAAGAAAUCUGUUAUGGUUCCAAAGGGUAUGGUAAAGAGCUUGUUAUACCAAAUUCUUGAUGGCAUUCACUAUUUACAUUCCAAUUGGGUACUUCAUAGAGAUCUUAAACCAGCUAAUAUUUUGGUAAUGGGAGAAGGUCCAGAGAGGGGCAGAGUUAAAAUAGCAGACAUGGGUUUUGCUAGAUUAUUUAAUGCACCCUUAAAACCACUAGCUGACUUGGAUCCCGUUGUUGUGACUUUCUGGUACAGAGCUCCUGAACUCCUGUUAGGUGCUAGGCAUUACACAAAAGCCAUUGACAUAUGGGCCAUUGGUUGUAUAUUUGCUGAACUAUUGACGUCUGAGCCAAUUUUCCACUGUCGGCAAGAGGACAUCAAAACCAGUAACCCAUACCAUCAUGAUCAACUUGAUAGAAUAUUCAAUGUUAUGGGCUUUCCAUUGGAAAAGGAUUGGGAGGAUAUAAGAAAAAUGCCAGAACAUGCUACACUUGUUAAGGACUUUAAAAGAUCCAACUACCAGAAUUGUUCACUCAGCAAAUAUAUGGAUAGACACAAGAUAAAGCCAGACAGCAAAGCAUUUAGUUUGUUACAAAGACUUCUGUUGAUGGAUCCAAAUAGAAGAAUAACAUCAGAACAAGCAAUGCAGGAUCCAUAUUUUUCUGAAGAUCCAUUGCCAACUCAGGAUGUAUUCGCCUGGCUGUCCUAUUCCCAGCAACAACCUAAUGAAAGAAGACCAAAUGAGCAGACAAUGAGACUGAUGACCCAACAAAACCAAGUUCAAGCCAACAGUCACGACCACGCUGCCAACAAUGCAAAAAGGAUGAGAAUGUCGGGUCCAAACCAAGGUAACAACAACCAAGGAGGUGGACAACAAGAGUUCCAUCAGCAGCAACAGAUGAUGUACGGCGGACAACAGCAAGGCGGUGGGUCGCAGCAACAGGGAAACUUUCAACAGAGAUUCUGA